AUGUAUCGAGUUUCUCACACUGCGUGUUUUCGCAAGAAGCCUUUGCAGGUCAAUAUCCAAUACCGCUCAUUUACCAAAUUUGACUCAUUUGGAAAUUCCCCCAUUCCUGCUUCCAAACAGCGUUUCGUUCCAACAUCUGGCACCUACCCGAAAGGCUUUUUAAUCGGUAGUACAAAUGUCGGGAUCAAACCAUCCGGCUUAUCCCAGCCAGACUUGAUUUUAGUGACAAGCGAGAAGCAAUGGGAGGCAUGUGGAGCUGCUGUUCUUACAAAGAAUGAAUUUCCAGCUCCCAGUGUACUUGUUACUAGGGAGUUAAUAAAGGAAAGUCGGGGAAGGAGGGUGAGAGGUGUAGUUGCAAAUUCGUGGUGUGCAAAUUUACUCACAGGUGAGAGAGGGCUAGAGGAUUCAAGAAAGAUGAGUGAGGAGGCGGGAAUGGUUCUGGGGGAGGGAAAGGGGAAGGGGAAAGACCCGGUAAUGGUUAUGCAUACAGGCAAGUUGCUACUCCCUAUUGAUGACAUCAUCCAGGGCUUCCCAAAACUCCAUCAGAACAUGGGUACCACUCAUAAUCACUGGCUACAAGCCGCCAGGGGCAUCUGCACAACUGACACCUUCCCUAAACUUUUAUCCCGCACGUUCUCUCUCCCAUCUUUACCAAACACCAAAUUCUCUCUCGCGGGCAUCACUAAAGGCGCUGGAAUGAUCCAUCCAAACAUGGCUACCACACUUGGUAUAAUCUGUACCGAUGCACCCAUUACACCUCCUGCUCUUCAACAACUCUUGAGUACCGCAGCUGAUAAAAGUUACAAUUGCAUCUCUAUUGAAGGAGAUACAAGCACGAAUGAUAUGGUCACUAUGUUCGCCAAUGGUGCGGCUGCACCUACACAUUCUCCAAUCGACUUUGAUACAUUGGCGGCAUCUCAGUCCGAAGAUUUUGUCGCUUUUCAAAAAAUUCUCAUUGAGUUCAUGGCUGAUCUCGCAAAGCUGGUAGUAAGGGAUGGAGAAGGCGCAACUAAAUUCAUUACAAUACGAGUACGAGGCGCGCCGACCUACCCAGCAGGCAAACACAUUGCAUCCGUUAUCGCGCGUUCUGUCCUUUUCAAAAUGGGGGUCUAUGGCAAAGAUCCGAAUCCUAUAGGUGUCUUAGCUGCUUUAGGUUACUCAUUGAUGGAUACAAAGUUCGCUGGCAAGGGGAUCAUCAACUGCGAAUUAACAUCUGUAAGUUUUGUGCCAGUUGACGGUGCUGAGGAAUUGAAUUUUGUGAAGCGGGGAAAGCUGAUGGAAGUUGAUGAGUCGAGGGUUAAGGAGCUUAUGGAAAAAGAGGACGUGGAAGUGGUGGUAGAUUUGAGGGAUGAUGGGGGUGGAAAGGGAGAGGAAGCUGUUUAUUGGACCUGUGAUAUCACGCAUGAAUUUGUUACAAUAAAUGGAGAUUUUAGAAAUUAG